UAUAUAUACAGCCUUUCCAUCAACAUUGCUCUAUUCAUCAAGCUUUCGUCCUGUGUAUUUAUACACUCAUAUUCACAACAUACACACUCUCUCGCUCUUACAAUCUCUUAAAUCCAAAAGAUCCAUUCAUUUCAAAAGAGUUGUGCCAUUCCAUUAGGUUUUGCUUUCUUCACUACCUCUGUUUGAUUUCUUUCUUUUUUGCAUUCGUCUCUUUUAGAAUUGCAUCUCGUUCGCAUCACCUCUACACUUUUUUUAUUCUUUCACUCUUCUUUUCUUCUCUCAUCAUGCCUACUCAAGAACCCACUCGUGCUGAUCCUUCUACUGCAAUCACCGAACCUGAACCCUAUGAAUUAGCUGCUAUGCAAAAGGGUAAACAUGUCAGUGCUCUUCUUCCAAAGGAUUAUUAUGGUCAACCCAUUGAUGAACCUGAUGUGAGUAAUCCCACCCGUUGGAGGUAUGAACGCCCUUUGGAUACCGUCCGUGCAUGGCAGUUUUUAAUCGAAAGCGAUGAAGGCUCCAUCAAAGCCACUUUAGACCAGGAACGGAAACAAUACCAUCCUACCGCUGAAUUGUUUCGUCCUCUCUCUUUCGUUGGUGCCGAUCAAAAGUUGUCCCAUCGUUUAUCCAAACAUCUAUCCAGAAACUUUUCCAGAGCUUCUUCUCGUCAUUCAAGACUCUAGUUUCUUUUUGAUGCUUCUAUACCUUUAUACUGUUUUUCUUUUCAUUUUUACGGUUGGUUUAUCAUUUCCUUUUUCCUUUUUCUAUGGAAUUCCUUUUUUACGUUUGUUUUCAUGAUCCAUUUUGCGUCCCUUUUCUUUUCAUUUUUCAUUUUUCCUUUUUUUAUUUUUAAUCUUAUUUUUGUUUGGUUGUAUUUGUAUUUUUAGUUUUAGUUUUAGUUUUAGUUUUCUUGAACUUGGGAUUUCUCUUUUAUAUUUUUUUUUUUCAAGAUUUUUUUUUUUUUUUUCCUUUACGAUAUCGAAAUGAAUUUAC